CACACCGUCCAGCCCCAUGGUCCCCGCCGCCCGCGCGCUGCUCUGGGCCCUGCUGCUGAGUCUGGGGUCCCGGGCGGCGGCGGGGGCCCAAGGCCUGACUUCGACUGGGGCGACCGAGACGACCGGGACGCAGCCGGUCAGUUUCCGCUCCGGGAGUCCAAUGACCCGCAACUACCGGUCCACCGCCCGGACCCCGGUCUCCCCGAAGAGGAGGGUAACAAUGGAGGAUGAGGACGACGUCGUGGCCACUGCCGACCGCCUGGCAGGCCCAGCCGCUGCAGAGCUCUUGGCCUCCACGGUGUCCACGGACGUCAACGGGUCGCGUUCGUGGGAGCAUGAGGAUGGGUCUUUGGAGGAGGGGGUUGUGAUUAACGCCGAUAAGAAUAGCGCCAGAUCAGAGGCUCCCCGUCCGGUUUCCAGUCCUGUUCCCCGUUCCAUUCCCAGUACGGUUCCCAGUACAGCUGCGGGUCCCAGCUCCAGGUUCCCCGCAAAUAUCCAGGAGCCGGAAUACAGGCUCACCACGAGCCUGCCGCACUCCAGCUGGAGGUCGACUGAGGAUUCCGACACCAGCCUCACCCAGUGGACAACAGCAGGGGCCACCCCCCGCCACUCACCGCGACGCUUGGCCACAGCCAUGCCACCUCCGGAAGACCUUCGGGUGAUGCUAAUGCCCUGGGGCCCGUGGCACUGCCACUGCAAGUCGGGCACCAUGAGCCGGACCCGCGCGGGCAAGCUGCAGGGCCUUUCCGGGCGCCUCCGAGUUGGAGCGCUGAGUCAACUGCGCACGGAGCACCGGCCUUGCACCUACCGUCAAUGUCCCUGCGACCGGCAUCGUGAGGAGUGCCCCCUGGACUCCAGCAUCUGUUCUGAUGCCAGCUGCACCACCCAGCCCACCACCACCAGCACCACCAGCACCUUCCCCCCCCUCAGCAGCAGACUCAGACCCACGCCCUUGCACUUCCCCAGCCCCAGCCCAGCCCUUGCUUUUUGGAGGCGGGUCAGGAUUGGGCUGGAGGACAUUUGGAACAGCCUCUCUACCGUGUUCACAGAGAUGGAACCAAUAGACAGAAACCAGAGGUGAUGGCCACUUGACCUGCAAGGAGGUGUCAAUCCUAGCACCCACCGGAUAUUUUUAGUACAGAAAAACAAAACUAGAAAAAACAUUGGUCUCGUGUCUUUUUACAGAUGUAUCUGAGGGAGGAGAGGCCGCAAGUUUCAUGAACCUUAAAACUGAACUGUGUAGCUAACAGCAUGUGGCCGGGGCCCUUCCCCCAUCCCUCAGAUAAAAUGUUGAUAUUGUUCACCGUCCUCAUUGCCCAAGUUGUUUUUAAACAAGUGCUUCUUUAGAGACUUGGAAAAUCUCAGGUGAAUGCUCUGAGAAGGGAACAGGAAGAACAAGGAUGCAAGCAAGCCCUUGGAUGAUGGUGGUCUUGCCACCUUCUCGCCUCAGAAAGGUACACAGCCCCACGUCAGCCACUUUCUAGACGUUACCCAACACACACCUGUAGUGAUUAGUCUGAGACUAUUUUGCUUACACUUUUUUUUAUUUGAAAAAUGUAUUUAAAAGUCCAACAAAUUUUUGAUAUAAAUUAUGACUCUCAAACCCAUUCCCAUCACUCUAAAUAUUGUUCAAGUGAUGGCAGCGUGCACAUUAGAGAAGGUAGCAAAAGGUGAGAGAGCACCAAAGGAAAGAUGUGUCCAAAUAGGCAUUAGAAUAAGGCUGAAGGUCAGGGUGACCAGCGACUCCAGGGGUCCCCAUCUCUCUACCCUAUCCUGUCAACCCUUCAGAUCUAGUAUAACCCUCGGGCUAUUGAGCUACUUCCAGAACAACUAGCUAGAUUGGAACAUAAAUUGUGAAUGUGUCUCUAGGACCGAUCUCAGACCGUGAAAAACUUCAGGAGAUACACUGAACUUGGAAAAAGUACACCUUCGUCGCUGUAUGUGGAGGGCAGACAGGAGGGAUGGUGGAAUCGGCUGAGUGGAUCCUAAUUCCCACAUUCCUGAAACCCCCACCACCAUCAAACAGGACGCUUCCUUGUCACCGAGCUAAUGUGAGCAGGCAGGAGCUCAUCUGUCCUGUUCCCACAAGGAAGGGACCAGAACAAAAAACAC